CCGUAACGAGGUAUCGUUAGGUCCCCUCAGAUCAGAAGGACCACCUCAGUUCGGCUCGGUUCAAUCUCAGUUUCUCAGUGUCUAGGUCUCUCUCUCGCCUUUUUUGUCUUGAUUGAUUGAUUUGAUCUCUCUCCCUCAGACUAAAACUUAAACUAAACCAAACGGGCUCUCCAUGUCCAUGUCCAUGUCCCAUGUCUAUCCCGCUAGACGCCAUCUCUUGUCAUUCCCAUACACAUCCGCAUUUUCCAAUCUUGCUUUGUCUCUGUUUUCUUUCUUCAUAAUUCUCUCUACUAUCAACUCUACUACGGUUCUUGUCCUCUGAGCUGCUCUGGUCCUGUUCUGUUCUGCUAUACCCGAUCCCUUCUACGCCCUGAUCUAAUACAGCGAGCACCGUCGUUUCGCCCUCCCCCCGACGAGACGAGUCGAGGUGAACCGGCGUCCCUCGCACCGAGCGGCCCCCUUUUGGCAAAGAGCCCCCCCACAGGCACAAGCACAAGCGUCUCCGACACGUCCAUAGUUCACUGCCCACUGUACCGUUCACCAUCUCUCGAAUCCUACAUUUCCAUCAUUAUCCCGCGCCCCGGGAAAUUGUUGUUAUACCGACUGCAACUGCAAUUCCUCACCUUUCUCGACUCGCACUCGCACUCAGCGCCCCUUGUUGUGUUCGCCAUUGCCUUUCGGUCGUAUACGCUAUCGUUUCGCUUCGUUUUACAGUACUUUCUUGCUCCGUACAACUUCCCAUUUCCACGGGCUCGUUCGCUAUUCCCACCCAGGAACAGCGCUUCUCAGCGACCAGAUUGAGAUUCGCCCCCUGGCUUUCACGAUAGACUUUGUUCGGCAUUGGAUCGCAUGCUGAGAUCCUGAGACCCUCUCUAGCGCUCAGAACUGCAACGACAUUUUUCUGCUGCUCCAUUUUCCAUAUUCCACAGCUUUCGCCACCACCGAGCAAAGAGAGAUCUCCCACGAGCCCAGACACACCCAAACGUCGUCACGCAUACUGCCGUCAGUCCCCGCAAUCACUUGAACCGUCCCGGGGCUCGCUCGCUGCUCCAUAUGGACGCCCAGACCACAACGGCCGAACCUCAACAUCCUUAUCCUUCCAGUCCUUGGACAUCUGCCUCGACGAUAUCAUCGAGCACACCGAAUCCGACGACACCAUCGGCGACGAGUACUCACAGCGCUUCCGCCGUCGAGGGCUCCUUCUUCCCCGACCCGUCCGCCACACAAUUCCAUUCUCACCUCGAUCUCCUCCCCUUUCUCCUCCCACAGCAGUCCAACAUCUACCACGCUCAACUCCUCCACUACAAUAAGCUCAUCUCCCCAUCCCGCGGCGGCGGCCUGCAGACACCGCCACUCCCUCCCGUCAUCUCUGCUCCUCAUAUCCAGGCAGCGCCUCGGUCGCGAUCUUCUAGCAAGGUGUCGCUAAGAGACGCCUCCGGUAAGGGGAGCACAGCUGGAGGCCAUGGGAGUAGGUCACAUCAGAAUUUAGACAAGAGUCGAUCGGUUGCAACCUCCAAGGAGGUUCCGUCCAAAAUGUCUUCAAAGCAGGCCGCCGACUCAUCGAGGCAUUUACCCCGACGGUCCGCACCUUCGGCUCAGUCCCACUCUAGUUCAGUGCCCUCGACGCCUCACCAGCACGCUCGCCAAUUUUCUCUUGAGGACCGCGAGCCGUCGCCCACGGGGACAAAUAACCAUUCCCCACGAUCAGCUUAUUCUGAGACACAUAGCACGUUAUCCUCACUCCAGCCUUUACCGCCGCGAAUAUCGAGUUGCAAAUACGAGACUGCCCAAAUAAAUUCUCGAAGGAGAAUACCGUAUUCGGUCGGCAAUGAUCGUCUGGAAAAGCUGGACUUGAGGACGGUCAAGAGCAAGUUGACCGAGGAUGAGGAGCGAAAGUUGGCAACAGAUAUGAGAGAGGUCUACGACCGAUUACUCCCCACCGCUGCUGUCGAGGAGAAUCGGAAGAAGUUAGUCUCGAAGCUCGAAAAGACCUUCAACGACGAAUGGCCAGGACACGAUAUCCGCGUGAAUCUUUUUGGGUCCUCUGGGAAUCUUCUUUGUUCGGAUGAUUCUGAUGUGGACAUCUGCAUCACAACCACAUGGCGCGAAUUGGAGGAUGUCUGCAUGAUCGCCAACCUCCUAGCAAAGCGGGGAAUGGAGAAGGUUGUCUGUAUUUCGGCCGCCAAGGUGCCCAUCGUCAAGAUCUGGGAUCCUGAACUGGGCCUCGCCUGCGAUAUGAAUGUCAACAAUACCCUUGCGCUCGAAAACACACGCAUGGUUCGAACAUAUAUCGAUAUUGACCCGAGAGUUCGAGAGCUUGCAAUGAUUAUAAAGUAUUGGACACGGAGAAGAAUAGUUAAUGAUGCCGCGUUUGGUGGCACAUUGAGUUCCUACACAUGGAUCUGCUUGAUUAUCGCGUUUCUGCAGCUGCGCAGCCCUCCCGUUCUUCCUGCAUUGCAUCAGUCGCCACAUAAGUUACCCAAACCCGACGGUACCACCCCCGAUUUCGCGGACGAUAUUGACAAACUGGCUGGUUAUGGAAAGAAGAACAAGUCAUCUACUGCGGAGCUUUUGUUUCAGUUCUUUCGCUUCUACGCCCACGAGUUCGAUUACGAUAAGCACGUUCUCUCGGUGCGGCACGGCAAACUGAUCACAAAACACGAAAAGAAGUGGCAUUAUGCGAUCAACAACCAGCUCUGUGUGGAAGAACCGUUCAAUACUUCUCGUAACCUCGGAAAUACCGCCGAUGACUAUUCUUUUCGCGGUUUACAUAUGGAGUUACGUCGAGCAUUUGACCUGAUUUCGGUGGCAAACUUCGAGGAGGCAUGCGAGCAGUACGUGUUCCCUAAAGAGGAGGAAAGAGUAUGGUCUCGACCAGCACCACAACCUCGACCUGCUCUGCUUAGGAGUUCCUCACAGACACAUUCAGGCCGAGGAGGUCGUGGGAACCACCGUGGCGGAAGACAUAACAAUAAUUACCGAGGCGGAAAUUCGAAUCGACGUGCAUCUGCAGGUGUUCCACAGUUCGACGCCAACAACAACAAUAUGUUUAUGCAGCCGGUCAACAUGGCGCAGGAUCUACAGUGGUACCAAAAUCAACAGUUCCAGUUUCAGUACGCACAGCAGGAUCUCAUGACUCAAAUGGCGUUGCACCAGGAGAACAUGCGACUCUUGUAUGCCAGUCAAUCACCAGCAUUUAUGCAGCAUCAAGCCCAGGCUCAGGCUCAAGCGAUGGGUCAACAGCAGCAACAACAGAGGAUGUCUACAAGUACAGGAUCUGGCCAGCAGCAGUCUCAACAGACAUCAGAUCGUUCCAGGACAAACUCAUUUGAUAAUCCACCGCUCAGCGCUCCUAUUCGACCAGACUUGUAUGCUCUAUAUGGAAUGACUUUGGGCACGCCCUUUUUUCCUCAAGCGGGCACAAGUUAUGGAACGUAUCCCUCGUCUCCUGCUAGUACCUCGGGUGCUACCCAAGACUUUCGUCGCCCGCUCCAGCGAAAUGGUAUAAAUAAUGAAACAGGUGUCCAAGGAUCCAACAGUGCUCUUCGUUCACAUUCGCAGCCCGCAUCUCGAUCUCCGUCUACAGCACAAGCAGCUCCUGGUUAUUUCGGUGCCCAAUCUUACAAUGGCCCAAGCCAUUCUCGAGGUGUUAACGGCAAUCCAAUUCCAAGCUUUAUGUCUGAUGAUACAGAAUUCGACGAGACUCCCAAGGCACACACGGACUCGCCACAAUCGGAAGAGGGCAAAUACUCUGUUUAUCUGUCGGAAAGCCCAAGUCCCAGCAAGCAGCCUCAGCCACAAGCUGUGACGAAUGGUCUUGCUUUUGGGGAUGUCUCCGGUCAGAGCCCAGGGCGACGACGACUCUCGACAGAUCAACUUCCUCAAACAAUUCUCGACCGCCGAAUGAAGAGGACAUCCCGAUCGCCUUCACCCUUAGGCCAUGCACGAAAUUUCUCAUCUAAUGCAUCAUCGGCACCUUUGGCACAAGGCCCUUUCCCCGGAGGUCAAAACAAGAACCUUUCGCGCCCAUUGGUUGUUAAUGGAUCUAGUCUCAAGACAAGUGUGACCCAAAGCCCACGCCAACCACCUUCGGGAACAGGUAGCACUACAUCGGAUGAGUCGACCAACCUUGAGAACCCAUUGCAGAUUCACGGCUCAAAUGGUGUUCCCAACUUUCCUGUUGAUGGACCCGGCAUGCCGCAGGCUGUACCUGAAGCAGCCAUGAACCAACAAGGUGCCUACAACCCGGUUCCCGUAGUGGCCAAUGGAUCCGCUGCCCCAAUGAUGGCUUCAGCCCCAUCCACGGCAGACGAUCCAUCAUUCCGCGAUCGUAUCGCGAUGAUGAGCGCUCACUACAUGGCAAGUCCUCAUAUUGUACAGGACCCGAUGGUGGCGGCAAACUCUCGACUGUCUCCUUCGACACGCCAGCGCCUGAUGUCGCGUCAGCAGAAUGGCAUGAUUGCUCCUCUUGAUCUUGCCAUUGCUGAAAACCGCAUCAACAGACCACCAGUUGGUCAAGAUUUUGCUCAUCUCUCACCAGUUUACGAGAACCGCACUCCCUCACCCACAGUCCUUCGAAAGGAUGGGCCUUGGAAGUCGGAGAAGCAGAACAGCCCUAAGACAGGACGAGGAGAGGGGCCAAAGUCCAGCCAGAAGACUGAGGAGCGAGCUCAGGAGCCUCAGGAGGGUACAAAGUCUCAGAAGAACCAGAAGUCGGGUUCUCAAAAGGUUAAUGGAGCCCGAGAAAACGGCCACGUUCGUGGAGCUAGAAGUGAAACCGACGGCGGUUGGCAAAAAGCAGGCAAGGGAAAGAAAAAGGGCGCUAACAACAACGGACAACAAGGAAAUGGCGAGCAGCCUCCCAAGCACGAAUCGGAACGAAAGGGCGGCUAAUCGGUAGUCUCGAUCUGAGAAGCGACGAGACAUGUCGACGGUUACCUUGACGAGUGUCUUGGGGAUAAGCCCUUGUAGCAGGACCUUGAUCUCAACCGGCAGUUUUUCAUUUUGGAUAAGUCAACUUGCAAUGCUGGCACGCAAUCAACGAUUCACAAUGACUUGAAAAGCCUAAAAGCAUGAGGGCGAGAGCGGGCACAUUGGAGAUUAUUCUGGAUGGCUUCCAGAUAUUGACAUAUGUAGCGAGAGUGUACGAUUGAUGUCCAACGGUGUUUACUCAUAGCAUUUAUACCGCAGCGGUCUGCGGACUUGACAUACAGAUUGGCAACGUCGGGGAGCGGCAUGGAAGAGCAGAAGGACAGCAAAGCCGGAUCUGCUGGCUAGAUGAGAGUGAAGAUGGAUGGAUGGUUGGCUGGUCGGUCGGUUGGUUGGUUGCAAGCACACAUGGAAACGAAGAGGCGUUGGCGUCUUUCUACACAUGGCCGGUUGGGAGGAGGCGUUUUAUAUACACAGCUGCAAUUGCAUUUAAGACAAGUCCAUCUUAAGGGGGGCAGGACAGCGGUUCAUAUCCUUACAGGCUGCAUGGGCAAAGAAGGGUCAAGCGGUUUUUUUUAGAUGGUUGUCAGUAAAAAGCAUGGGCAGAUGUAACGAAGCACAGAAAAGAGAUACAUGAAAGUUUUAAUGCAUAUUAGUUUCUUGAAUUGCGAAGACGGCUCCAUACUACGUA